AUGAUCGAUCCAAAACGGAUUAUGGCUAGAAAAAGAUUAUUUGAGGAAGAAAUUAUACAUUUCUUGACUAUACCAUCGGGUAGCGAAGAUGGCGAAGAUUCUUCUGCAGCCGACAGUGAUGAAGAUACUGAAAGAUUACGAUCCACUCUUAGCUUUUUGCCAGAAUCACUUAAUGACAUGGAAGCAAAUCAAUGUCCUUCUACUAAUGAAGAUACAAGUCACGAAAACAGACAUGAACCAAGCCCUCGACCCAGUACUUCGGGUGCAAUUUCAGAGCCCACUGCAGGUUCGCCAGGCUAUGAUCGUCUACACAAAAUCAGGCCUUUAUUGGAAACACUGAAGAAAAAGUGUCAAAGUAUACCAAAAAGAGAAGCGUUGUCAGUCGAUGAGCAGAUGUGUGCGACAAAGGCUUCAAAUUUUCUACGACAAUACCUUCCGAACAAGCCACAUAAAUGGGGGUAUAAGCUGUUCAUACUUUGCGAUGAUCGUGGGUUUGCUUACGACUUUGAAAUUUAUUCGGGGAUGGAGAAUGAUCCUAAUCUUAGAUCCUCAACUGAACCAGACUUAGGAGCAAGCGCAAAUAUUGUCGUACGUCUAGCAAGGUUCAUACCCAGAGACCAACAAUAUAAAUUAUACUUUGAUAAUUAUUACACAUCGCCAGAAUUAAUUUCAUAUUUGUCAAAACAAGGUAUACAAUCAUUGGGAACCCUGAACAAAGGUCGGUUGGGAAAAGAUCUAAACAUACCAUCUCUAAAAGAUCUGAAAAAAGAUAAGAUCGAUAGGGGAUCCUCCGAGGAAUGGGUGGCUAAUGUUGAUGACACAGAGAUUGCUACUAUAAUGUGGUACGAUAACAAGCCAGUUGUGCUCUCAUCAUCGUUUGUGGGACGAGAGCCAGUACAUCAAGUGAAGAGAUAUUGCAAAAAAGCUAAAAAAUAUAUUUAUGUUGAUUGUCCUCAAAUAGUGAAAAUUUAUAAUCAGCACAUGGGAGGUGUCGAUCUGCUCGACUCAUUUCUGGGUAAAUAUAAAAUAAAAAUAAGAACCAGAAAAUGGUAUUUGAGAUUAUUUUACCACCUUCUAGAUGUUGUGGUUAUAAAUAGUUGGUUGCUAUACAGACGAGUUGGAGAGCAGAACGGGACACCAACCCCUCUAAAACUGAGAGACUUCAAGUUUGAAGUUGCAAAAAGUCUCUGUAUGUCUGGUCUAUCGAUGAACAAGAAAAGAGGUAGACCAUCAUCUGCGUCUACUGAAAUUGAGCUGAAAAGGACUAAGCGUAAUACUGCAAUCCUGCCUCCUCCUGAUGUCAGAAGUGAUGGGUUUGAACAUUAUCCUAUUUGGGGUUUGAAACGUCAACGCUGUGUGCGCUGUGAUAUUUCCAUCCGCAUCCCGCCCUUGAUGCUGCGUAGAGAUCUGGAUGAAUUUCAGUCGGAUUUGCAUCAUCGUAGCUCCGUGAUGCGUCGUGAUGCUGCUUUACUUUUUCUGCAUUAA